AAUACAGUGGACAAACAAGCCUAUUCCAACAUAGAAUAAUACCUGGUCUCGCACUUUUUGAUAUCUACCAGUUUUAACUUGGUGUUUUACCCCUAUUUCACCUCAUUCCGCCUUGCAAAUUUCAAAUUUUUUGCAUAUUUUUAGUCUGAAGUCAUUUGAGAUUACAACGAAUUCGUCACUACUGACUCUUUCUUUAAUUUAUUCCCCCCUUCCAUAGAGCUCCGCUCUCUAAAUAUCUAUAUGGUUGCCCAUUCUACAUGAGACGAGCAGUUUCCCGUAUUAUUCCCUCCCGACAACAAAGAAAUCAAAAGUUGGGUGCACAGCCACAACGGUCCCCCCUUGACCUGGCACUAACUAGUACCAAUGCCCCGUCGAAUGGAAAUCCCAACUUUAAGAUAGAUUUCAACUCCGUGGCAGACUUUUAUAUUACACUUGACGAUCCGCACAAGCUGUGGCUUCCCGGAGAUGAAGUUUCUGGACAAAUCAUCCUUAUAUCAAGGAAAAAUCUUGUUGAUAUAUCAAUAACUUUAUCACUUGGUGGUUGUGUUAAGAUAAAUGCUUCCUCCCAUUCAAAAAUGCGCCCAAUAAAGCACACUUUAUUCAACCAUACUAUCAAAAUUUAUGGCGAAGAACAAACUGAUGAUGAUUAUGGAGAUCCUGAACAUGGGAAUGCAAGUUCUAAUGAGUUUCAAAAUGGUCUCUACAAGGGAGAACAUCGAUUCCCUUUUAUAGUAAAACUUCCAAACAAACGUGUAUUCACAAGUAUUGAGUUUGGUAAGGGAUCGAUUGUUUAUCUGCUUAAGGCAUCUCUUGGAAGUAUACAAACUCCUUCAUCAAGAAGUGAUAGUCCUUCGAGUACCGGAACAAAUAACUCCUCUCCACAAGACUCUACACAUGUAGUAGGUGGAAUCAAUUUCAUAGCCAAGGCCAAACUGUUGAAGAAUUUACACAACCCAACUUACACUUCUGAAAAACUUAUAAAUUUGAUAAAUCCUAUUGACGUGGCAAAGUUACCCCCGGCAAAGGCGAAACAACUCAUAAUAAAAAACCCCAAGUACAACCGAAAGUUAUCUAGAACUCUAUCUUCGACUUCUACAGUGAAUACUUUCAGCACAAUGUCAUCAAACAACUCUGAAGGAGCAGCUGGUACUGAUUCUACAACAUUUCCAUUGACAGAAAAUACAGCGGUUCAAAGUGGCGGUACUAAUCUACCGCCAGUGACUCCAAUUUCCGAGCAUUCAGCAACGACAGCAACGACAGGUGGCCAACAAUACAAACGGGAGAAUAUUAGAGUAAGUCUUGAGAUUCCGGAAAGAGGCUAUCUACGAGGUGAACUCAUUCCAAUCAAGAUCAACAUUUCUCAUUUGAAGAUGAUUCAAGACUCGAAUGGAAUCAUUAUAACAUUCGUUAGAGUUUGCCGAUUAGAUAAUGGCCCUGAUAGUUUGUUUGAAUCUUUUCGGAAGGACCUUCAACAACUGAUCAUCCCAUUAUAUGUGGAUCCAACAACAUUCCAGUCUGAAAUUAAUACCAGUGUUCGAGUGCCAGCAGAUGCUUUUCCGACAAUUUCUGGAUGUCCCUUAGUGUCAUUUCAAUAUUUCAUUGAGGUACUUGUUAAUUUGAGUGGGAAAUCACUUCCGAUUGAUGGUGUUGAACAAAGCAAAAGUAAUAAUGCCACAACACCUGAUACUACUAGUGGUUCGUUCAACUUUAACUUCGGCAAUAAGGCUCCAUAUAAUCAGAAGGAGCUUUCAACCUUUAUCAAUACUGAUAAAUAUAAGCGGAUGAAGAAAUUUCUUCAAAUAACUACUGAAGUCAUUAUUGGUACCCAUAGACUGAAGGAAAAGAAACCUGCUGCCUUAUUACAAGAUGAGACUAAUUCAGUAUCUCCUAUUAGUAGAAGAUCUUCACUUGUAUCAUCCAAUAUUUCACAAGUAGCCGACGUAGUACCAUUGGAAGUACCUAAGACGUUGUCGCCUUCUAGUCAUUUAUCAACGGGAGAAGGUUCAGCAAAUGCAGCACCUGCUUCGAUAUCUGCUCCUAUGGCGACAGUAAAUAUUGGCACUCCUCCAUAUGCGGAUGCGCCUGAUUAUCAUGAAUUUUCUCCAAGUGGAAGUGAAAGUCUUCUUCCAGUUCCAAACCAGAGUAGGCUUUCCGAGAAAGAUCAAAUGCGUUUAAGAGAAGCUAGUUUGAUGCCCUCUGCACCACCUUUGGACGAUAUUGAAGAAGACAUUGGUGGUGUUAGUCCUGUGGAUCGGAAUGAUGAUAUUUUACAACAUGUAUCAGAAGAAGGUGAGCAAGGAGAAGACAGUUAUAGUGUACAUAAUGUCGAACCUCAAGAAGUUUCUGAAGCCACAGGUGGCCAAGAAUAUUCUUUCUUCACUUAUGAUAACCUUGAGCAUAAUAAUGUUUCUAACAUAGAACAAGAUCAAUACAGCGAGAUUGACUUUGUGCCACACUACGAUUCCGUUAAUAACGACACAUUGCUAACAACUGAACCACAUACAAACGGCGAAGGCAUGGAUUCUUCGAAUACCAGUAUUACCACACAUAAUAUUCCUUCCAAUCAGGAAACAUUGAAUGGAGUAGGAAAUGUCAGUGCCGCCUCCUUACAGAGAUGACGAUAUCAUAGUUUAUUAGCAAAAAUCUGUAAUAUACGAUUAAAUAUUUAUUAUUAUACCUUAAUAGAUAGU